AUGGAUGAUCAUGAUUUUAGAGGAAGUGAUGUGCAUGGUGGUGAAGAUGUAGAUCAAUCCAUGGUACAUAACACAUCACAUGUAAAUAGUAGUGAAAGUGCUUCCGAGAAAGGAGGUAUUACACCUGUAAAUAUUAGACAAUUAAUCCAUGCCGAAAUGCCAGAAACCAAUCAUUUCGUCAUUGACUGCAAGACAAAGAAGAAAAGAAUUGAACAAGUUACUCUUGUUGCACAAAUUGUAAAAUUUACUAAUGAACCCGAGAAACGAAAAUUAAAUUUAUUCCUUGAUGAUGGUACAGGAAGGAUGAGCGUAAUUUUGUACGCAAUUGAUACUGAGAAAAAGUUUGAAGCUUGUGGUGGUGUUAUUGAAAAUGGACUCUUUUUGAGAAUUUAUGGUAUUUUGAAUAUUGAUAAUAGAACUGGAACAAGAUAUAUUGUUGGUACAGGUUUAUCACUAAUUAUGGAUAUCAAUGAAUUUACCACUCACUUAUUGGACGUAAUUGUUGCAUCUCUGCAUUCUCAAUAUGGUUCACUUGUAGGGAAGAAAGUGCCAAAAGUUCAACAACAAAAAACUCUGGAAGUGUCUAUCUAUGAACUUGUUGCUAAGAAACCAGGCAUUUCAUUUCAUGAAGUUGUUUCAGAAUUGAAUUCUGAUUUUGAUGCAACUAUUGCUGCUUUCCAAAUUUUAUUCGAAGGAGGUAAUCUAGGAUAUGCACCAAAUAGCACUGAACAAUAUGUUGUUGCAAAUAAACUCUUCUACUAAGGCAGUCGAAACCAUUAACUUUCGGCUCAAUAAAUUAUCAAUAAAUAAUAAAGAAUUUUG